AUGGUGCCGCCGCCACCGCCGCCGCGAUCUCGGGCUCCGCUCCGGCCGCGGCUCCGGGCGCACCCAACUGGCCGCUCCCUCUGCUGCCCCGGGAGCCGGAACCGGGACCUACACCCACCGCGCAGGCGGAAGGAGCUGAGCCACCCCUCACCUUGGCGGGUGUCCGUCCCUACUCCCCCAGGGGUGGAAGUCGGGGUUCUCCUAAGCCGCUGCCUAAGGCGGAAGAGCCGCGGGCUUGGGGCGGAGCUCUCUGGGUGGGGCGGGGCGGGAGGGGACCCGCGGAGUGCCUUCACGCAGGGGCCCGGCGGGAACAAACCGCCGCCGCGGCGGGAGCUGGGUUCGCGUGGCUGGAGGCGGGUCCUCCCCUUCCCACUGUUCCCGCAAGUCCUCGGCUCCCGGGAACCUCUGCCUUCAGGGCGCUCAGUUCUUGGAAGUCAAGGCGGGCUCCAGCCAGAGCUGGUAGAAGUGGUGGCAGCCCCCGCCCAUCAUCUCCCCAAAGCAGCGCCCGGAGCCACCAGGGCCGAAGCGCCGUUGGAUCGCGAGCGGGAGCCUGAGACGUCCAGACCAGCGGAGCCUUGCAGGGCCCGCCGGAGCCCAAGCGGCUUCCGGCCCAAGGGGGUGAGUGAUCUCGAGGAGGAAACCGGGCGUUCGCAUCCUCGCGCCUCCGAGAGGAACUCUCAUAGAGUUACUUCACAUGGGCUUGAAACAACCCAGUUACUACAAUGGAGGGCUCUCCACAUUACUCAUUAUUCUUUCCCAGAUGUGCAGUUUCCAAAACAAUUUACCUCUGCUGGAAAAGGAAAUAAACCAAGUAAAAGGAAGAUAUGGAAUCCAGGAAGCAGAAGAUUCAAUACAGAACAGAGAUGGAGGGAAUUCCAGGUCCACAUCUGUGCAGCAGACAUGGAAAGCUGUCAGUCCAGACUGGAACUGGAGGAUGGAGGGAUUUGGGAGAGAUGUCUCCAGGAAGGCAAAAGCAUGCAACCAAAAGGAGUGAUGAAUUUCAUAAUAAGUUUGACUCACAAAAAAAGUGUACCACCGUACUAUCAGAAGGUAUGGGAAGAUUUAGCAGUAAGUAUAAAGGAAGCUAAGCAAAUAAAAACUCCCAAGGCAUUAUUAAUUCCAGGAAAAAUAAAAAGUUGCAUCUCCAAAGAAAGGAGUUGUGAUCAUGGUCCACUAGUAACUUAUCAAAGAAUAAUAUUUAUACAGUAGUAAUAAUGUAAGUACUAAGGACUGACUUAACCAAAAGUUGGUGAUAUAGGUAGAAAUGGGAAGAGAGAGACAUUUUAGAGGUAAAUGAUCAUCUAUUGUAAUAGAAAGUUAAAUCAUUACUGUUUCAAGAGAGAGGAGUAUAAGCAUGGAGAUAUGGAAGUAUAUUCCAUAAGAAACAAAUACAAAUUGAAAGUAGAUGUACAGGGGAAGAUGUAGGUUUCCUAAGAGUGGGGGGAAAUGCAGGUUUCCUAAGAGUAGGGUAAGACACCACUGUAAGCCUUUGAUUAUUAUUUGACUUGUUAGAUUAUGGGAUUCUUUAAAUUUAAUAAAAAUUAAAGUUAAGCAUUUAAAAUGUGUCUUUAGAAUAAAAUUACUUAAAGGUUUCUAUAAGAAUGAAGAGGCGAGGAUCUAUUAAACAAUUCUGAAGUUUUCUUUUAGACUAUUUUUUCACCCAAAAGGAGAAAGAAUGUUGAAAUCUCACUAAUAGACAAAAAAUGGUGACUUUAAAGAAAGAGUUUGGUUAAGUUUUGUUUUUUGUUUUUUUCACAUGUGUCAAAUGACAUAUAGCUUUCCAGACUAUGAACUCUCUGAGAACAUAAAGAGUCUCUUAUUUGUAUUUCUAUUGGCUUCACAAAUGGACACAGAGCCUGGCAUACAGUCAGCCCUUGAUGUUGGUGAAUAAAUAAAAAUUAAGGAGGCAUUUUAAAAUAAAAAUGUUUCUGACUUUCCAGUUCA